GUGGAACCACUUAUUGAUUGCGUUUGCUCUCUGGACCUCCUCCUCCUUCUUCUUGCCUAACCUCUCAAAUCUCAAACCCUAAUUUUCUUCUUUCGCACCCAACACUGGGGCCAAAAAACAAACAGGGUUUUGUUGCCGUAUUAACGAUAAUACCCUUAUCCCCCUCGAGAGUUUCCGAUGAUCAAGUCUCUCUCUUUCUCUCGUGCAGAAUCUUAGGGAAAAGAAUUACAAUAAACCCUAAAUCAUAUGCGUAUAUACGCAUAAAUAUUUAUGUCUUGAUCAAGCAAAAACAAGGAGUGCUUUUCGUUUUCGUGGGUUGAGGAGAAAUGGAUUCUGCAAAUAGCAGUAGUAUGCAAUCUUCGAGCGGCGGAGAUGAGGAGUACGAUUCACGCGCCGAUCAAUCUCUCUCGGCGUUUCUCGACCACCGCCACCGCCACCUCUCCGGAGCUCCGCCGCUGCAGCAGCACCGCCACACCGAGCAACUCGACUUCGACAACUCUUUGCUGUCUAACUACUUCGACAACAAUUCCUUAUUAUCGCCAUCGUCGUCUUCGUUCUCUUUCUUGACCCGAUCCGACCCGACCACUUCCCAACCCGGCUUCCGCCCCACUUCAUCGGUUCCUCGCCCUCCUCCUCCUCCUCCGCCGCCACAGACGCAUCAGAACAACAUCAUGGGAGUGGUGAAGAGGUCGAAGAAGAGAUCGAGAGCGUCGAGAAGAGCUCCGACGACGGUUCUGACGACGGACACUUCGAAUUUCAGAGCGAUGGUUCAGGAGUUCACCGGAAUUCCAGCUCCGCCGCUGUUCUCCGGCAACGUCACACGUCUGAACACCUUCCUCGGCUUGUCUCCGUCGUCUUCCUCCUCGUCGGCUUCUUACAAUCUCUUGUUACGACCUUUUGGUCAGAAACUUGUUCCCACAUCUCAUCCGCUCUCCUCGGAAUCCUUGCUGAGGGCUUCUAUCAAUGACAGCCAGCUUCAUGGUUCUUCUGGUGAUGUGUUCCAUAAUCUUCACUUGCAGUCUCUUCUCCAAGUUCCGGUCUCGAAUACAAACCCUAGGAGUGAUCAACAUGAGAUUCUGAAAACGAAUUUUUUCGCGGAGGGGUUUGGUCUUGGUGGAUUACAGAGCACAGAUCCUCCGUCGACGUCGACGAACAGAGACGGUGAUAGCGGAGGUUUUGGUGAUCUUGAUCGCCAUGAUGAUAAUUCUCUGAGAUUGAUCACUGAAAAUGGCGGCAAUAAGGAAGUGGAGGAUCCGACGACAGCUUCUAGGAACGAAGGGUCAAAAGCAACAUGUCAACUCUCGGGAUUUGUAACGAAGGGCACAAAGGCUGUCUGAAAACGCAUUUGUCGAGUGACACGCAGAGCAUAAAAAAGGUCUGCUUGGAUCGUCAUUAUGGGAAUGCAACCAUAAAGUUUUUUUCCCCUCUAAUUAAAUUUAAUUGGUAUUAGAUACAUGUAUUCGCUUUCUCUGAUCUUCGCUUUCUAACAAUUUGAAAAAUACUUUACAAAAAAAAAAACAACUUGAAAAAUAUAUAACGAAUGAUGGAAAGCGCAAUCUUUUAGAAUCAAAUCUACAUCAAAGCUUUUAUUUCAUCAUAGGGAUUUGGUGACAAAGAGUUAUUUGUUUGUUUCUGUGG